AUGGCACCGUACUCGAGCUUCACCAGCGUUUUUAGCACCUUUUGUUUACCCAUCGGAUCACCGGAACCGACACCACCAUCUACUCCAUGGACUCUGGACUUAUCACAUGCCGACGUUACCACCGAACAACGUCAACAACUGUGCGACCUUUUUACAGAAUUCCAAGAUCGCAUUUCUACGUCAUCCUACGACCUAGGCUCCUACGACCAUACUCAGAUAACUAUUAAAACCACGUCGGAGAUACCACCCUCUCGAUACAGGCCUACCCGUAUUCCCGCCCGCUUCCAGAAGGAACUCGACGACCACAUCAACAAACUUUUGGCAGCUGGUCGGAUAGUCGAGAGCGAUACCCCGUGGCUCCACAACACGGUUUUGGUCAAAAAGAAAGAUGGGUCAUUGCGGGUUUGCUUAGACUUCCGCCCACUUAAUGACAUCACCGUUCCCGACCGUUACCCGCUACCCCGGAUUGAAGACCUGUUGGAACGGGUCGCUGGUAAAAGAUACUAUACCUCUUUUGACUUGGCUUCCGGAUACAUGCAACUCUUGCUCUCUCCUGAAAGCCAAGCCAAAUGUGGAUGGGCGACCCACCGAGGCAUAUACCAGUUCGUUUAUUUGCCGUUUGGACUUCGUAAUGCGGGUGCCUACUUCUGCAGAGCGAUGUCCCGGAUUCUUGCAGGGCUUGACAACAACUGUUUGGCCUACCUUGAUGAUAUCAUCGUCUUUGACAGCGAUUUUGACGCGCAUUUACAAUCCCUCCGGAAGGUGUUGGAACGCUUUCGAAUAUUCAAUAUCAAGGUCUCCGGCAAGAAAUUAACCAGCAUUGCCCAGUCUAAGAUCACCUUCCUGGGACACGAGAUUUCAGGCGCGACCUACGCACCCGCGGAGCGCAAUCUUCAAGCCAUUCGGGAUUUACCAGCCCCCACCACAGUCAAGGCCGUUAAAGGCUUCUUAGGGAAGGUGGGCGCGGCGCUCCUACAGAUUCACGACCCCAGUUCACCCCCAGUGGCCAUAGGGUACUUUAGCAAGACCUUGUCGCCGUCUCAACAAAAAUGGAGUCCCACCCACAUCGAGCUAUUCGCUAUGAUCAGCGCCCUUCGUUUUUUUCGACCCACCAUAUACGGCAAUCAUACGCGAGUAUUGUGUGAUCACCAGCCACUUACCUUCCUGCUUCGACACCGUAAGCCCCACGACAAUCUCGCCCGCUGGGUUGUUGAACUCCAAAGUUUCGACAUAACCAUAGAAUACCACAAAGGGUCAUCUAACGUCGUAGCGGACCAUCUGAGUCGCCAUGCUUCCCCGGAUAAUCGGUUCGUCGACGGGACGCCUGCCAGUGAUGACAUCAUCGAGUUUCCCCGGUGCCUCGUUCAGCGGGCACUUCGGCCGCGAUCCAGUCCAAAUACGUCGGCAACCUUGACACCUCCGUUAUACAUCCGCCCUUACGAUGCUCUCUUAGCACAGAAACAGGACCCCUUGUGCCGCACCAUUAUGCACGUCUUAGACACCAACACAUUCCCGCCAGAAACACCCGAUAAAUUGCGCGAUACUUGCAAUGGGUUACUUGAUCAUUGUGUCAUCAAAUCGAAUGGGUGCCUUUACUUUGUAGAAACAUCAGCUGCCCCCAACCGCCGCCAGCGCGAGGCGAUUUUCGUGCCACAGUCCCUCCGCGAACCCAUUUGUGUAGCACUACACGAUAGCCCAACGGCAGGGGGACAUUUCGGAUGGAAAAAGACGCUAGCGAAAAUCUCGCGACGCUUCUUCUGGCCUACAAUGAGAGACGAUGUGUUUCGGUACGUUCGUUCCUGCGACGCAUGCCAGCGGAAACGACCGCACCCCUACACACGCGAAGCACUUAUCCCGGUCCACACAGGUGCUAUCUUCGACAAGGUUUACAUGGACCUUAGCGGACCUUACCACCAAUCUUCGCACGGCAAUAAAUAUAUUCUUUGCCUCAUCGACCAUUUUAGCAAGUACGUGGUAGCUGUCGCUCUCCCAGAUUCCACAGCCAUUACAGUGGCCCACGCCAUAAUGACUCACUGCGUACUCAUUUUUGGGGCAAUGACCACACUGGUUUCGGACAAUGCCUCCUACUUGAGGGGAGAACUUCUCACAGAGUUGGGUAAACUCCUUCAUAUCGGUCGUUACUUCACCACUCCCUACCACCAUGAGGGAAACGGCGCAUGCGAACGUAUGUUCGCAACAUUCCAAGAAAUGCUUCGCACUUAUAUUAGCUCUAACCAAACGGAUUGGGACCAAUUCUUACCAGCAUGUACGUUGGCGUACAACACAUCAGUCCACGCGUCCACGAAUGAGUCCCCUUUCUUCCUCAUGUUCGGGCGUGACCCCAUCCUUAACAUCGAUCUUCUCAUCAGGCACCAGAUGGAAGGCCAUAUACCGUCCGAUGACGAUUGUGGCAUGUACAAGGAAUCCCUAGUACGGACUCUUCACGCUUGUUGGACCGCAGCCUCCGCCUUUAAUCAGAAGCGUAGUGAGGCGAUGAAGCGUCAGUACGAUAAAAACGGUCUCCCACCAUUGGAUAUUAAGAUCGGCGAUAGGGUGUACCUCCGGGAUUACACGCCCAAGCCAGGCCUUUCCCCAAAACUGUGUUAUCCUUGGUUAGGGCAAUUUCGAGUGCUGGCAGUUGACCACCCUCACCUCACCGUUACUAGCAUUACGUCCCCUCAGGGGUUAUAAUCAUACUCUCCCUCUUCAGCAACAGAUUAAUUCAGCAAAACGAAUCCGUCCAACACAUAAAUAUAACACACGUUUUAGGGCUCGCUUAUCAUCGGUUUGAUACAACAAGGGCACAGACUCUGGCCCGUUAUUCAAUCACGAUUUGAUCAUCCGUUUAUUCUUAUACAUCACACUUUUUCUUCAUAUUUGUCCAAUCAAGGUUCUCCUAGUUGUCGCCCAUUAGUUUCGUCACAUAUACAUCGUCCCUUCUCCUUCAUUUCGUCCGCUUAUUCGAUCGUCCGUCGCUGGUCAAUCUCGUGUUCCGAUACAACGCUUCCCUAG